CACUAUCCCCCAUCCCCCUCACAGCCAAUCUCCUGUCAAUGUAGUCGUGGGAUCAAUGGACGAACGCGACUAACCAUGUAUUUACAAAAGAUUUUUUGCUGUAAUUUCUUCCUCUUUCUUCUCAUUGUGACAAACACGUGGAAAGAGAUAAUAGGUCGAAAACAUCAUCUUGAUUUGAAGGAUGAAACUCGAAAAAGCAUCCCAGUAAGCAUGUUUGGUUUUCUACAAGGAGGAAUUCUGAAUGUCACAGUUUCUAACUUGGCAAUUUCAAAAAAUGCACAAGAAACAUCGGGAUUGGGGUUUAGUUUGGAUAGGACACUUAGUGAUGCCGCAAACCCAUACUUGGAUAGCAAAAGAGACAUCUGCAAUUCAGGACUGAUUAUAAAUGAGGAGAUAGACCAAACAGCCGUGGCACGAUUUGAAUUCGAUUUUAAAAACAAAUUGUUGAAGGUCCGCUGCUCCAGCAAAUUUAAUUCAAUAGGCAACAUUAUCACAGUUGAUGAUCCAAGGAAUAAGAGAAAUUCAGUGGCCGAAAAACUUAGUGAUUCAAGCUUAUUCAGCCGCAGUGCUAGACCCAAAAGAAAUGUGCAGAAUGAAUCACUAGACGUUGCUGAAGCAUCGAAUGUUAGUGUCACAUGUAAUAAUCUGAAAAUUCCGCUGUCGACAUCAGAUGGAAAUUCAUUUUCAACAAACUUCACAGUAAAUAUCAGACAUUCAGAAGAAGAGGGUAUGUACAACCUAUAUUUCCAUCGCUGUUUCACGAAUAACAGGGAACCCAUUAACAUAACGAUUGAGGUUACAGAGACAAAUGGCGAUAACUACCUUUCGGCCGGAGAAAUGCCAUUGCCGAUGUUGUAUUUCAUUAUGUCAACAGUGUUCCUUGCAUCGGGGUGCUUUUGGGUAGGCGUGUUAUGCAAAAGCAAACGCGAGGAUGUCUACAAGAUCCAUUAUCUCAUGGCUCUACUAGUUUUCCUGAAGUCAUUGUCAUUAGCUUUCCAUGGAGUUAACUUUCAUUUUAUCCAAACCGAAGGUUUUCAUAUCGAAACGUGGGCUGUCCUCUACUAUAUCACACAUUUGUUGAAAGGAGCCGUCCUUUUUAUUACUAUCGUACUGAUUGGAACCGGAUGGGCUUUUUUCAAACACAUUCUAAGUGGAAAGGACAAAAAAAUCUUCAUGAUCGUCGUCCCCUUACAGGUGCUCGCCAACGUUGCCUACAUUAUCACGGAAGAAUCCGAGGCUGGCCAGGCUGCCCACAUGACGUGGAACGAAGUAUUUAUCUUAGUUGAUCUCCUGUGCUGCGGAGCCAUUCUUUUCCCCGUAGUUUGGUCAAUACGUCAUCUGCAGGAAGCCAGUCAAACUGACGGAAAAGCAGCAACCUCUCUGCGCAAGCUUCAGCUCUUCAGACACUUCUAUAUUCUUGUCGUCUGUUAUGUUUACUUUACUCGAAUAAUCGUUUAUCUUCUACGGAUUACUGUGCCGUUUCGGUACGAAUGGCUUGACGAAUUUUUCUUCGAGCUAGCGACGUACAUCUUUUUCAUCAUGACAGCUUCGAAAUUCCGCCCAGCUGUCAACAAUCCGUAUUUGCUUCUUACCAGAGAUGACGAUGACGAUGAAGUCGUAGAAAUGGAUAGAGUGGUAACGCAAACUGGAUUGACUGAAACGCUUGUGCAAACAGGUCGUCACAAGAGUAGCGCAAAACAUCAAUCAAUGAAAAAUGGUACCCAGGAAGAGAAUGAGUCUUUAGUCAGUGCUGAGGGCAGCCACGAGCUGGAUUAACUUUUUAACUGUAAAUUCACUGUAUAAUCUUUGCAUUUGUUUUGCAACCCCAUUUUUCUCAAACAGUCAUUCAAGCUUUACAAAAGCUUGGACUGAAGUCCCUUUCAAACCCUCUACGAUUUUCCUAAUCUUCUAAUUUGUUUUCUUUAUUUGUACGAAACAGUUUUUAAAUAUACUAGUACGUAGAGAAUAA